CAGUACCAGAAACCAAGAAAAGGAGAUACAGCCGAUAUUGAGCAAACCGUACAAGCUCUUAUGAAGAGUCUUAAAGAGAAGGAGAGAGAAGCACAAGUUUAUAGUCAACAAUUGGAGCAGAAAGAAAGAGAAGAAGCAGAGAAAGAGCAAGAAAUAAGAAGAUAUCGCCAUCAGCUACAAGAGAAGGAUAGGGAGCAUCAGGUAGUACUACAGGAGAAGGAUCUAUUGAUACAACAGAAGGAUGAAGAGCAUCAGAAAGUAACAGAAGAGGCAUUACAACAGAAGGACAGGGAGAACCAGGAGGUAUUACAACAGAAAGAUAUUGUGAUACUUGAAAAGGAUAGGGAGCUACAGGAGAAGGAUAGGGAGCUACAGGAGAAGGACAGGGAGCUACGUCAGUCUCAAGAGGCAGUUCGUAGGUACCAGCAACAAGCACUUACUGAUGAUCACUGGGUUAUUAAUAAAGAUGAGGUGACUUUGACAAAGGAGGAGUUAGGAAGAGGAUCUUAUGCUGUUGUUACAGUUGGUAUUUUUAGAGGUUUAGGAGUAGCUGUCAAGUCACUUCAUACUAUCAUCAUCUCAGAUUUUAAUUUAGCUCUCUUCUCCAGGGAAAUGAAUAUAGCAUCACAAGUACGUCAUCCUAACCUGGUCCAGUUUAUUGGUGCAACUAAAGUGGGUAAUCCUCUCAUCUUGACUGAGCUGAUGAGCACUAGUCUUAAUCAGGAGCUUCGCAGAAAACAAUUAACCAAUCAACAGAUUCUGAGUAUUGCUCAAGAUGUAGCUUUAGGCCUCAACUACCUUCACCUGUUUAAGCCUCAGCCUAUUAUUCACAGAGAUGUGAGCAGUCCUAACAUAUUAUUAAAGCCUUGCACUAGACCUGCUGGUUAUGAAGCUAAAGUAGCAGAUUAUGGUACAGCUAAAUUAGUACAAGUUGACAGUACUGGUACUGUUAUGCCAGGCAAUCCAGCAUAUGCUGCACCAGAAGCUCCUAUUCCUGAUCAACACAGUCCAGCAAUGGAUGUCUACAGUUACUCUGUUCUCCUUAUGGAAAUGAAUUUGUGUUCUUCCCCAGAAAUGACGACAGCAGAGAGAGAAGUACAAUCUGGUAGUGUCUCCUGGUCUGAUAUGAAGUCUCUCAUACAAAGAGGACCUAAUGCUAAUCCUAGAGCUCGUCCUACUAUGGCUCAAGUAAUAGAUAUUACAUCACUUGACAUUUCAUCUUUAUUUCAACUUGAACCUAUCAAUGACAAUAAUAUUAAGAUUCAGUAUGACUAG